AUGUCCAUCAACGGUGAAACAAGCUCGAAGCUGAACGGAACAGUCGUCGGUUUCGAUUAUAUCAAAUUCAUUGUCGGAAAUGCCAAGCAGGCAGCUUUCUGGUACUGUGCCAACUUCGCCUUCGAGCCAUUCGCCUAUCGUGGACUGGAAACCGGCAGCCGUCUGUUGGCCCAACAUGUCGUGAAGCAGAACAAUAUAGUCUUCAUCUUCGAGUCGGCACUGCUACCUGGAAACAAGGAAUUUGGGGAUCACCUUGUGCGUCACGGUGAUGGUGUGAAGGACAUUUGCUUUGAAGUUGACGAUGUGGUUUCAAUUCUUGAACAUGCGAAGAAGGCAGGCGCCGUUGUGGUGAAGGACGUGACCGAGGAGUCAGACGAGCACGGCUCAAUUAAGUACGCAGUUAUCAAAACGUACGGCGACACUGUUCACACUCUACUUGAAAAGAAGAACUACCACGGCUUCUUCUUGCCCGGAUAUAAACCACAUCCACAGAGCAAAAAGUUUUUCCAAAGUUUACCAGCGGUUGGUCUGAACUUCAUAGAUCAUUGCGUUGGAAAUCAGCCUGAUCUUCAGAUGACGCCGGCCGUCGAAUGGUACGAGAAGGAGUUCGUCGAUUAUUACGGUGGCGCUGGAGUACAACACAUCGCUCUGAACACUAACAACAUCAUAUCGGCCAUCGAAGCACUUCGAGCCAGGGGUGUUGAAUUUCUCACUAUUCCAAACUCCUACUACGACAAUCUUAGAACACGGCUGAAGCAAUCCGCCACCAAGGUCAAGGAGGACAUGGAUCAUCUCCAGAAAUUGCACAUAAUGGUCGAUUUUGAUGAGAAUGGCUACUUACUGCAGAUCUUCAGCAAACCAUGCUCGGACAGACCGACACUUUUCAUUGAGAUCAUACAAAGGCACAAUCACCAAGGUUUCGGUGCCGGCAACUUCCGAGCACUCUUCGAAUCGAUCGAGCUCGAGCAAAACGAACGAGGAAAUCUCUUCUACGAGGACGUAGUCGAAGGCGGAAGAAAACUCCAACUGUGA